CGCUCCCAUUCCGCCUCCACCCUCCAAACCCUAGAGCCGCCGCCGCCGCCGCCGCAGCCUCCAGGAGGUAAGUCGAAGAUGGUGUCCGGCUCCGGCGUGUGCGCGCGGCGCGUGGUGGUGGACGCGCGCCACCACAUGCUCGGCCGCCUGUCGUCGGUCAUCGCCAAGGAGCUGCUCAACGGGCAGCGCGUGGUGGUCGUCCGCUGCGAGGAGAUCUGCAUGUCCGGCGGCCUGGUCCGCCAGAAGAUGAAGUACCUCCGCUUCCUCCGCAAGAGGAUGAACACCAAGCCCUCCCAUGGCCCCAUCCACUUCCGCGCCCCCUCCAAGAUCCUCUGGCGCACCGUCCGCGGCAUGAUCCCGCACAAGACCAAGAGGGGAGAGGCGGCUCUGGCCAGGCUGAAGGCGUACGAGGGCGUGCCGCCGCCGUACGACAGGACCAAGCGCAUGGUCAUCCCCGACGCGCUCAAGGUUCUGAGGCUGCAGCCUGGGCACAAGUACUGCCUCCUCGGCCAGCUCUCGAAGGAGGUUGGCUGGAACUACUAUGACACCAUCAGGGAGCUUGAGGAGAAGAGGAAGGAGAAGGCCAAGCUUGCCUAUGAGAGGAGGAAGCAGCUGACGAAGCUGCGAGUCAAGGCUGAGAAGGCAGCCGAGGAGAAGCUGGGUCCUCAGCUGGAGAUUCUUGCUCCGAUCAAAUAUUGAAGCUAUAAUAAUUUCGUGCAUCAUCAGUUUUGUGAAACAUGUGCCCUCUUAUUCCGAGUAGUUUGGUGACUUAUGAUAGUACAAUCGAAGGUGUUGAAACCGUUGUUAUGCAUCUCAGUUCUGCUACUCCUAUUUUGAAAUUUUCUAUUUGGUGAACUAUUUCGUUUGUCAAAUGUGUGCAUUUGGAGAUUCGGUGGCUAUCAGAUUCCUAUAUGAGCAAAGCGGUUUUUGUUA